CGCGCCAAUGGGCAGCGGCUGGCAGCGCGCCCCGCGCCCGAGCCGCAGUCGCGCCCUCUCGCUGCCUGGCGAAGGCGCGGACGGCGCGCGGAGGCGAGCGCGGGGGAGACGAGCUGCCGGCGCCGCAGCCGCCGUCAGGGCAUGAGGAUGGCCGUGGGCUCCGUGAAGAUGCAGCCGCCGUGCGAGAGCCCGGCCCUGGCCGCGGCGGCGGCCGUGGCGGCAGCGGACGGCGCCCUGCGCCGCAGCCCCAGUGCCCGGGAGCAGGAGCGCGAACAGCCGCUGGCGCCGCCACGGCCGCGGCUGAGGGACCUGCCGGCGCUGCUGCGGAGCGGGCUCACGCUGCGAAGGAAGCGGAGCGCCGCCGGGGCCCGGACUCUAUCCAGAAGAAUUUCCAAUCCAUACCUUGAACACACGCCUUCCCAGAUUUAUGGAGAGAAUUCUUCUUGUGCAGGAAGAGCAUUGAGGAAUAUUAUUAUCGUUCAGGCAGCUGACCUGAUAAAGGACAGAGUGAACCUCAAGGGAUUUUACAGGAGGAGCUGUGUUGGGUCAGAGCUGGUAGACUGGCUUCUGGAACACUGUCCUUUUGUCCAGUGCAGAUCUAUGGCCAUAGGGGUCUGGCAGCUCCUACUGGAUAUGGGAAUUAUGUUAUCAGUGGACCAGAAUUUAUACUUUCAAGAUACCUAUGUUUUCUACCAGUUUUCUUCUGAUGAAUGUAGCUACUUGUACUGUGAAUUUGAAAGGGAAGAAGAAUGGCAGAAUGGUGUCAAGCUUUUACUGCAACUUGUACCUCUCAUUCCAGCUAGAGCUGGCAUCUGUGAACUGUCUCAUCAGAAAAUCGAAGACUCAGAAGAAAGCAGUGAUGAAAUUCUUGUUCGUCUAACAUCUGCGGUACAGAGAGAACUAGCAGCUGUUAUUGCUUUGAAAGCAAGGAAGUCUGCAAUCGAACAAGAGGAAGAAAACGGUGACAAACACGUGAUUGGGACAGAAGCUGGAGGUGUCCCAGAUUCUCAGGCAGGAGUGAUGUGCAAACUUCAGGAGAGAGAUGACAUCGGACGAAUUGAACUGGUCCAGAAGCUGGCGAGAGAAAACUGUCAGUUUCUACAGACUGACAAAAAAGAACAGGAGAAAUCUGAACACGAUGACGAAGUGGCGACCGUUGAGGUGAAGGAGCAGGAGCGGAACGUCCUCGUGCUGAAGAGGGUGCAGAGCUGCGGCCCGGCCCCCCCAGCCGGCGGCGCCGAGCGGGAUUGGAGAUACGUGGUCGUGUCCGGGACCCCUGAGAAGAUACUGGAGCACCUUCUGAAUGACUUGCACCUGGAAGAAGUCCAGGACAAAGAAACAGAGACCCUCCUUGAUGACUUCCUCCUCACGUACACGGUCUUCAUGACAACUGAUGACUUGUGCCAGGCACUGUUGAGGCACUAUUCUGCUAAGAAGUAUCAAGGCAAAGAAGAAAACUCAGAUGUUCCUUGUCGGAAACGUAAGGUUUUGCAUCUUGUGUCCCAAUGGAUUGCCCUCUACAAAGACUGGUUACAUGAAGACGAACAUUCAAAAAUGUUCUUAAAGACCAUAUACAGGAACGUGCUGGAUGACGUCUAUGAAUAUCCAAUACUUGAAAAAGAACUGAAAGAGUUUCAGAAGAUACUUGGAAUGCACCGUCGCCACACUGUAGAUGAAUAUUCACCACAAAGGAAGAAUAAAGCCCUUUUCCACCAAUUCAGUCUUAAGGAGAACUGGCUCCAGCACCGAGGAACCGUGACUGAAACAGAGGAAAUCUUUUGCCACGUGUACAUAACGGAGCACUCCUAUGUCAGUGUGAAGGCCAAAGUUUCCAGUACAGCACAUGAGAUCCUGAAAGUUGUGGCAGAAAAGAUCCAGCAUGCAGAAGAGGAGCUGGCUCUGGUGGCUGUCACGUUCUCUGGGGAAAAGCAUGAACUUCAGCCCAAUGACUUGGCCAGCUCCAAAUCCCUUGAAGCUUCGGGUCGGAUAUAUGUCUACCGAAAAGACCUAGCUGACACUUUGAACCCAUUUGCAGAAAAUGAGGAAUCGCAGCAAAGGUCGAUGAGGAUUUUGGGAAUGAACACUUGGGAUCUUGCUCUGGAAUUAAUGAAUUUUGAUUGGAGUCUCUUCAAUUCAAUUCACGAGCAAGAGCUGAUCUACUUCACGUUUGGCCGACAAGGCAGUGGGGAGCACACGGCGAACCUCAGCCUUCUCCUGCAGAGAUGCAAUGAAGUCCAGCUCUGGGUGGCCACGGAGGUCCUGCUCUGCAGCCAGCUGGCCAAGCGAGUGCAGCUGCUGAAAAAAUUCAUCAAAAUCGCUGCACACUGCAAAGCCCAGAGAAACCUGAAUUCUUUCUUUGCUAUCGUGAUGGGUCUCAACACUGCUUCUGUGAGCCGGUUGUCGCAGACCUGGGAGAAAAUCCCUGGGAAGUUUAAGAAACUUUUCUCUGAACUUGAAAGUUUAACAGAUCCUUCCCUGAAUCACAAAGCCUACAGAGAUGCAUUCAAAAAGAUGAAACCACCCAAAAUCCCAUUCAUGCCCCUGUUGCUUAAAGAUGUAACAUUUAUUCAUGAAGGAAAUAAAACAUUUUUGGAUAAUCUCGUCAAUUUUGAAAAACUGCACAUGAUUGCCGACACUGUCCGAACCCUGAGACACUGCAGGACGAAUCAGUUUGCAGGAGGUGACAUGUCUCCAAAGGAGCACCAAGAGUUAAAAUCCUACGUUAAUCACCUGUAUGUCAUCGACAGCCAGCAGGCCCUGUUUGAGCUGUCCCACCGGAUCGAGCCCCGGGUGUGAGCUGCCCCCUCUCCCCUCAGCCGGCCUCCCCCAUAACUGCAGCACUUUGAGCUCUGGGCAUGUCAGUGCUGAGCACGUUGCUUUCCUGUGAGAAAAGAAGUUGCUGAGUUUUAUCAGCAUAAGACACACACAGGAGGGCCAAGCCAAGCGUGUUCGGGAAGUGAUGUCAGCCACCCGAGAUGGGGAGAGGCCUCUCCAAGCUGCUGUCAGAACAAGAAGGCAGAAAAAGAGUCAGAAGCAUGCUUGAAGUGGAGAAGUCUGGCUUCUUACAACUGCAUUGUUGAUCCAACCCAAUUUUGAUCUUGAGAUGUGCCGGUGUCAAGACAAGAGCAUGUCUUGUCCUAGCUAUCAAAUACGUCAGUACGAGUGUGCGUGAGACAAGAGUUUUACUUCGCCUGGUGGUAGAUUACUGUUUAUAGGCUGUCCGAAAAGCAGCUCAUUUGAACACAUAAAGACAGUGAUGGCAUCUCUUAAUUUCCAGGGAAAAGGAGUGGCCGAUGUCAGUACAAACUGUGAUAUCACCAAAAGCCACUGUCUAGGAAGUUAGUGAGGACCAGCUGGCAUCCGUGCUCUGAUCUCCAAAAUGGAAAUACCAAGGCAUGCAUUUCUUUGUAUCCACAAUCACUUAUCCACGCAGGCUUGCAGGGGAAAUGCAUUUCUGCCCAACUGAUUUGCAGCUAUGGGCUGCAUUGCUUUACCAAUAAGGAAAAAUAGUAAUCAUUUGUAAGAAAUAGACUCACUGUUUAAUUUCUGGGGAUUUUCUUCACGUAUGCAAGAAGAUUCACAUUUAUUAUUGGAAACAGCGUGAUUUUUUGAAAAGCACACAGUGCCUGAUAAAGGAUAGGCACUUGGUAAUAAUUCAGAGAGGUAACAGAGUCCCAGAGGUCUGCCUUUUUGUGCCUGAUGAUGUCCUGGGGUUUUGCUGGCCUCCAGGGCUCCUCUGCCCCAGUACAGAAUGGUAACAGCCAGCACAGGGAGGUUAAGUGGGAUCGAUGUGGCAAACACUUAGCACUCCUGAGACAAGGGCAAGGUGGUGACCAGUGACUCCCCGUCUUACAGCAACUAAGAAGCCGCAAAUACCCAGAUGUCUGAUUGAUGUUGGACACUCAGAAGUCCUGCAGUCCACCUCCCAGCCAAGGCCUGGAGUGUUUCUCUAAUUUGUCUUUUUAACCCCCAAAAGUCUAAGAACCUUUUAGUCUAUUUUUAUUCCAAUUUUGGCUCUGCUAGUAAAUAAAACCUCUUGUUAUUCUGAAGACCUGGUUAGAGGGUUACCCUUGAGCUUCCCGUGAACAACAAAAGUGUGUGGGAUACAAGAGUGAGACCCGCUGCUGCCAGCCACAUGCCCGUCCGGAGGAGGUCCUCGGCCCUCCUUUCCAUGCGAGUGAAUUCUCCGUGGUCCUCCUGUUCAUCCCUCAGGUGCCUGCACAGAACUGCUUCCCGCUGUCCCGUCCACACCUUAGGACGGCGGUGCCCGAGGCUGGCUGAUACACCCUGUCGGCGGCGCUGGUUCCUGGGCUUGGGAAUCACAUGAACUUGAGAGGUCAUGGAAAGGAACCGUGUGGAGAAAAUUGGGGGGAGGACUUGCAAGGAGACGCCAUCUGUCCCUGCACGUAGAAACCUGAGGCCUGAAAACUAACAGGGUUGUAAGAGAAAGGCACCCUCCAGGAGUGGGCCACUCAAAGACAAGCUCAGGCUACCCAGAAUGGACUGAGACCCUGGAGGACAUGAGAGCCAGCGAACCAGGGAAGACCGGCUCCUCUCACGGCUGAGCAAGGUGAGAGCUCUCCCCUUGGCAGUUACUGGAGGUAGGGUGGGCUGACAGCACGAAGACCUUUUCUCUGCACUAGGGAGGAGGAUCAUGUAGCCAGUCCAAUCGUCUCAGGCCGGUUUGACAUCGUCUCCACAUUUUAGCAUUACCUCUGUUCACAUCAGAUCUCCGAUGCAAACACCAGAGCAUUACCUCUUGAGGACCUGGUUUCAGCGGAGAACGGUUUCAGCAUAGCUCCUGCAACUCAGAUCCCAGUUCCGAUGCGAACGCAGCCACAUGCAUCCACACGUGCACCACGUUUGAACACCUUCCGGUGGUGCAGUCAGUAUUCCCCCCGGUAUAGGCAGACGCAGGCCGGGGAGAAUGGGGUUCUUGCCCCCAGUCCUCUCCAGCUGUGGCCACGCGACUGUGAGGGCGGCAGCAGCCGUAAGGGAGGGUUUUGUGUGGUUUACAUUAGCUUUCUCAUCCCUGCCUUCUGGAUGUCAGAAUUUUCAAAUCUUUCUGAAAUUGAACAACUGUCUCCAGAUAGUUCCCAAGCAUCAGCAGCUCAGCAGUUCCCAAAGCCCUGUGAAGACCUCAUUCUGGAACUCAAGAAUUGAAGUGGAACCAUGGGAACCACACUUAGCUCAGCGUGAAGCUUGCCCUCCCUAAGCCAGGCUGUCCGACUGCAAGGUCCCCUGUGAAGAGGGGUGGGCUGUAUUCCCUUUCCAAAUAUUUGCCCACAUCUCUUGGUAAUAGGUUCUGUUCUGGCUAGAAGCACAGAUGAAGAUGUUGAAACUCCCUCCCAGGUCUUAGAUUUUGUGGUUGCCUAAGAUCUCCAUUCACUCUGAAAACCUGUUAUCUGCCACCUUCCUUGGCAAGUGGCCCGUGAACACUUGUCAGCAGGUUCUUGCUGCUAGAGCACAAACUCCAGAUGGUCCUGCGGGCCCGUGGACUCGUCAGCAGCCCAGCAAAGCAACCCUGCUUGGAAGUGAGCUCAGGACAGGUUCCUGCAGGCAAAAUGGCAACCUUUUGGAAACUUUUCUCCAUAUUUGCAGAUGCUCCACAGUCUACCGCAUUUUAAAUUCACUUUUUUGUUAUAAUCUGUACCAACUGGUUCUAGUGCUAAAUACUAUGACCUACAUUCACUUUCUGUUAGUAUCAUUAAUGAAGUUGGAAUAAAUGGAUUUUCCUAGACCCCUGUCUGCAAGCAAGGUGGGUGGAGCUUACGCUGAAGUCACAAGGAUGAGGAAUAAAGCAAAAAGCCAGGCCUCCGAUUGGCAGAUGGUGUUGCACCGUGUACGCAAGCCUCUGAGUGGAGAGAGACGGUUGAAUGAAAGAGGGAGUUGGUGAUUUCUGGCCCCUGGAGCUGAGCUUCCCCACAGCCCCAAUCCCAGCCCCCUGUCUUGUUAGGGCCGUCACAUACAGCACAGGUCCCAGACCUCACAUUCCGGAAUGGCACAGCUAAUCCACGCUUCUCAGAAACUAGGCAAAAACAUUCAAAUGGGGGGAGAUCCGGUCCACUGCAGUUGUCUAAUAUGGAGUUUCUUUUAAAUGCUUCAAAGAGAUGUCCGUAGAAUUUCAGCCUGCCUCUCAGUGAGUGGGCCGUCGUGCUUAAAACUUGUAGGGGGAAGAAAAGUUUUUAAAAAUUGCCAAAAAGUUAGAUGAAAUUGUACUACUGUAUAAAGCAAAGCUGUAUAUACUAAACGUUUUUUAGCAGAGUAAUAUUUAUUUGCAUAGCCUAUUUAUUGUAUUCGUAUGACACAGUUAUUAAAUACUGGGAUGAAACUGACGCCCUGAAGCAAGGACUCUCGCCUUUUAAUGUACCGUUAAUUAGGACUGCUGGGACAUCGUCAGCUUGCGUUAGCAAUUAGAAGAUAGCAAACCCGCAAUCAGGGUGUCUACCUAACUUCUCAGGGACUACACUUCAUAGUUUAAGAGCUGGUGAAUAUGAAACAUCUGUGGAAUUACCAGAAUUGCCAUUAACAGUAUUUUCUUUCUCCUUACAUCAUGCUUUCUGCUUCUGUGUAUAUGACUGUGCUGUGUAUUUAUCGAAGCUAGUAAGCAAUAAUUUAUAUGUAAAAAAUGGCCCAAGCAAUAUAAGGUGAAAACUUAUGUAAGUCACUGUUACCCUAUCUUGUAUUUUCAAGUGUUUUUUAAAAACUGCUUUUCCAAAUAUAAGAUUAUGUUAAAGAUGCUG